GUUUCUCCCAGAACCUCACUUCACUGCUUUACUAGUUUGGGAACUUGGAGAGAAAUGGAACCAAAAUUUAUGUGCUUUACAAAAGAAUCUCUCACGAGAUCAGAUGUGCAGCGUAACUUAGAGAUACCUAACGCUGCGUCUUUCUUGCAACCCGAGAAUGAGAUCAUGUUUGUACGUGACCAAGCUGGAACCACGUAUCAGUUUAUAGCAUCAGAGAGGAAAGGAGGGCGAAAGGCUCUGACGCGCGACUGGCAUGACUUCGCCGUGGCAAAGAAUCUUCAAGUUGGUGACUCUCUGAGAAUUUAUUGGUCCGGGAAUGAGAAUGAAUAUGUGGUGCAGUUAGGCACCAAACUCUUUGGAGAUCACAUAGUUUGGCUACAAGAAUAAGUUCCACUGCAUGAAAUUAUUUUUAUGGGUCUGUGCAUGUAAGGUGAGGUUCUCUCGAAUAUAUACAUAUUUUUUUUCUAUUUCUUACUUAGUAAAUUAUUUAUCGUUCAUGUAAG